AUGGGAGAAUCUUAUAAGGUAGCGGUGAUCGGAGCUGGUGCUGCCGGGCUUGUAACGGCCAGGGAGCUUCAAAGAGAAGGUCACCGUGUCACUGUCUUCGAAAAGGUCAACAAAGUUGGUGGUAUUUGGCUCUAUGACCCACUGGGUCUUGACCCGAAUCGUGAAAUAGUUCAUAUUAGCCUGUACAGAUCCCUUCGAGUGAGUAUUCCUGGGCAGACAAUGAGCUUCUUGGACUAUCCAUUUGUUAAGCAAGAAGGUGGGGAUCCGAGGACGUUUCCGGGUCACGAAGAGGUCUCAGGUUUCUUGAGGAUUUUGCCAUGGAUUUUGGGUUGA